AAUCUAUCAAUAGUACUAUCCGGGGCAACUUUUUUUUUUUUACAUCUAUUCGUGCGGAGCUACCUAUUAGAGACGUCCAGAUACACCUACCUAGGUACAUACACAGCUGCAACUUUACUAAUUGCCCUGCCGAAUCGAUGGCACGUCAACGUAUCGUGUCGGGGGCGGCGGGUGCUGCGCAAAAGCCGCCCGCGCAGCUGAAGUUAGUCCGAAAACGCGACCACGAUGAGGUGGAUCCAGCCACAUUGGACCAGCAAGCCAAAUCGUCGAAGAGGUCCAAGAGCGACGAGGGCAUGCUCAAUCAGCUUCGAGAGCAGGUCAAGAACGAUCAAAGCGAAUUCAAACAGAUGAUUCAGAAGAGAUCGGAUCAGGUUGACCAGGAAGACAAGCGUCGCCGUGAUGACAUGGUCUCCAUGCUAGGAAAAGCUCUGAAUACAUCUGACCGGCCAUCUUUGCACGCCACUACAACUUCUCGCUCCCCCAAAUUCUUCACGAACCCACUCUUCACAUCCGCCUCCAAGUUGAGCGAUAGUUGCGAAAACCUGCUCUCUCAAUACGAGUUUCUCGAAACCACGGUGAAGCAAAUGACAAACGAGCAGACGAAGUCAGUCACAGCAGUUUGGGUAAAGGAGGUCGAGGAUAUGGAGAGAUUGCUGGGGCUUGGGCACAAGAAGGCUGUGAGAGACAUAAAGAGGGCCCUUGGUAUUGAGUCGGAAGCAAUCAAAGAUGGGGCCUCAAACAUCAGCGAGUUCCAGAGGAACGUGGAACAUGACUUUGCACUCCAAAAAAGCCUGAGAUAUGCAGAGAGAGGGGUGCGAAGAAUGGUGAAAAGUCUUCCGAGGGAUGGGAUAGAGGAGGCGGACUGA